CUCUCUCUCUGCGCCGUAUAAAUGCCAACAGCUGAUCGCGAGACGGCACACUCACGGGAACACCUCGCGGAAGCCUCAGAAAGAGAGAGAGAGAGAGAGAGAGAGACUGAGGGGAAGAGAGAGAGAGAGAGAGAGAGAGAGAGAGAGGGGGAUAGAGAGAGAAAGAGGGGAUGCUGUUGAUCCACUCGGCCGCAGGGAGUCUUCUUGUGAUUUUCUACCGACCCGAGUAGAGUCGCUCUUAACGGGAAUUAAGGACUAUUUCUGCGGCAAAGAAGAGAGGACAAGGUGUCCGACAAUUAUUUUGAAAAGCUUCCAAAAUCGUACUUCCAUUUUUUUGUAUCCCUCUUAUUUUCUUCGCAUCCCUCCCUCCCUCCUCCUCCUCCUCCUCCUCCUCUUCCUCCUCCAUCUCUUCUUCCUCUUCUUUAAAGAGGCCCGAGAGUCGUUGCACGCGCUGCAGGGUACCUUCCACCGCCUGUUAUUAUUUUUGUUUUUAUUUUUGACUGCUCGCGAGCCUCUGCCCACCCCCACCCCGGCCCCACUCCCACCCCCCUAUCCGAGCUGCCGCCUGCCAGCGAGCUCAGAGAGCGCGAGGCACCCCCCGGAGGGAGCUGUCCGGUGCUGAAGUUGCAUUUCUCUUCUUCUCUGCACGAGGACCUACGCGGGAAGACAGAGGACGGCCAGAGAGACUCAGACAGAAAAAGAAAUUGUAUUUUUUUUUAAAGCAGCGGUUAAAAGGAGACGUCUGUCACCGGAUCAGUUCGCAGCUCGCCGCUUUCUCAAAAAAAAAAAAAAAAAAAAAAAAAAAAAAAAAAACAUCUGAAGACAAUCUUCCUCCGGGUUCGCCUCCGUCUUGCUAGUGUGUAACGGGCGAAAUCACCACGCUGGCCAGGCCGUCGGCGGUCGGCUGUGUUUGUGAGUGUGUGUCGUUGUGUUUUGUGAGAGUGUGUGUCGGUGUCGCACCACCAUGCCAAGGUCUUUCCUGGUGAAAAAGGUGAAACUGGAUGAUUUCUCCACCGGGGCGGAUUUGGAGAACGCCUACCGGCACAGGACAGACCUCAGCCUGCGGCUCCAUGACAAAGCUGGUUACAUCAGUGACUACAUCAGCCCUGUUGUGUACGAUGGUGAGAGUGACAGUGGGAUCAAGGUGCCCUCGCCUGACCCCCUCUAUGAUGGUAUCCACAGUGACUACGGGGCCCCUGACUCUGAGUCUCCUGACAGCCCCGGCUCAGAAAUCACUGAUGGCUACAUCAACGGAGAUGCUGCAGUGAGCGAGGGUUACACAGUCGAUGCCUUCUUCAUCACCGACGGCCGCUCGAGGAGGAAAGCCCUCGGCAGCCCUCGGAGCAUUCAGAGGCACACCUGCAACGAGUGCGGCAAAACCUACGCCACGUCUUCCAACCUGAGCCGGCACAAACAGACACACCGCUCGCUGGACAGCAAGCUGGCAAAGAAAUGUCCGACCUGUGGGAAGGUGUACGUGUCCAUGCCCGCCAUGGCCAUGCACCUGCUCACUCACGACCUCAAGCACAAGUGCGAUGUGUGUGGGAAAGCGUUCAGUCGACCUUGGCUUUUGCAGGGCCACAUGCGCUCCCACACGGGUGAGAAGCCGUUUGGGUGCGCCCACUGCGGGAAGGCCUUCGCAGACCGCUCGAACCUGCGCGCUCACAUGCAGACCCACUCGGCCUUCAAGCACUUCAAGUGUAAACGCUGCAACAAGACCUUCGCGCUCAAGAGUUACCUGAACAAGCACUACGAGUCUGCCUGCUUCAAAGGCCCCUUCUCUCCUCUUGGCCCCCUAGAUGCAUGACCCCCUGCAUAGAUAAAACAACAGACAAAACUGCAGACAUAAAUUACCAUUAUCCUUACAGACUGAACUGCAGACACAAACAAUCUAUUUUUGGUCAGAAUAUGACCUUGCUUUCCCUCCUUCCUCUCCCUCUUACCCCCCUCCCCCCCAAACCCCCUACCCUCCACCUUGCUUUCCCUCGGAGCCUAUUCAUGAUGAUGAAGAUGAUGAAGAUAGCACAAUUUUUCUCCUUGAGAUUUGCCCACUUAAGGAUUUAACUGAUCUACGCAUGCACUUCCUCAAAAACUCUUCACCUCCUCUUCCUCUGUCUGUUCUGGAUAGAGACAAUAAUACUAACUCGGCUUCCUUCUGGCAUCUAGAUACAGUACGACACCAUGUAUUUUGGGACACUGAUGAUGAUGAUGAUGAUGAUGAUGAUGAUGAUGAUGAGGAUGAUGAGGAUGACGACAAAGACAAUAGUAAGCCUAUAGUUACUGGGUUCCUCCCUGCACUGAAAAGCAGUGAAAGAGUUUUUCCUUCUGAUUUUGUUUUUUGGGGGAAUAAUAGUAAUAAUAAUAGUAAUAAUAAUGAUAAUAAUAAUGUUCUGCUGCACCAAGUGACCAUAUUCUCUCCACUACUGAGGUAAAAAUGCUAUUUAUUUACUUAUGGAUUUAUUUAUUUCAACAUUUUUUUUUCUUUUUUAUUUAUUGUAAGUUUAUACUUGAUUUGAUAACAACAAAGUGAUACCAUUAUUUAUUUGUUGCACUUUAAUUUCUGUAUAUGUAUGUAGGAUAUUUGCCAACCUCUUUUUAUCACUACAGGCCAAAGCAUAUGUCACUUUUUUGAGUACUAUUUUUUCCUAUUAUGUUGUUUACCUUUUUCUUAUUAACGUUAUUGCAUGCAAAAAAAGGAAAAAAAAAAGAAAUCUAUGCCAACAUCAUAAAAAGCUUAUGAUUUUUGCCAAAAUCCUAUAGAUAGAACCUGAGGGCAAUAUUUUUCUCUUGGAGCCUCCGUAGGACUCUUUAAAAAGCAAUAAUCACCUAAUGCAUGGUAUUUUAUGAUGAAGUUAUGAAGUAUUACCUACUACUGUAUAGCAGUUUAAAAAUCAGGUAUGUUUUACUUCACCUAUAGUCAUAAACAGAAAAAUACUAAUAUUACAGACAUCAGGGAACAUGCCAAUGUAGUGUUAGAGUAACAAAAAGAAAAGUCCUGUCUUUCCUCUCUUGUUAUGCACUGCCUGCCUCUUAGUGAGUAGAACUAAUGUAGGAUGUAGGCUAGAGAGGCUGGGAUCAGCUGCCUGCUGGGUGUGAGGCCUAUUGUAGGAUAACUAUAACCCUGACAGACCUGCGCGACGCUAACUCUAGCAUGAAACAAGCCUGCUAACAAUAAGCAGGAGAGGCCUAACUCUGGAUCAGGCCUCUCAACAUUUUACUCAGAUUGGAUCAUUGACCAUUCAUGAGAGUUCAGUGAUUUUUUUAAAAAGUUUUUCCUGGGAUGAAAACAUCUUUCCUGUUUUAUGCAGCCAAAUAAUGUAACAACAGGUCUUUAACAACCUUUUAAUAACACUAAGAGACAUCUUAUCUUGCUCUUGAUACAAACAAACACUAUGUGAUGAGGUUAAUACAGCAGCAAUCAGAGUGGAGAAUUAUGCACUGAGAUCUCUGUAUACUUUCAGUAGAGAACCAAGUCAAAGUUUGCUGCAUUGUUGAAGUUAGACUGAGGUCAACGUUAAAUGCAAUGCAUUAUUCAGCUACCCUUCCAGUGCACUUCCAAACCAUACAGCAUGCAUUCUUAAACCACAGAAAAAGCAUGCACUUAAGCUGGAUGGUCUGACUGCAGCUUAACUGUUACAGUCCCAUACUGUACAUACAUACGACAGAGUCCUGAUUAUUCUGCAGUAGGCCCCAUUCAUCCCUACUGGUGCCGACCAUAGGCUAACUCUAUGAGCGAUAUACCUACAGACAGGCUAACUCUAAUCACCCUGGACCCAUAGAUGGUUUAAUCUUUGAUCUAGCUGGCCAAUACCAGUGUUGCUGAACCCAGUUCUCUGCAGCUCAGAAACCUUUUCUACAGAUCCAUGGAGCUUCCUGAGAGACAGACUGAGGACACACAGAUCUGCACAAAUAAAAUUAAGCACUUCUUUAUGUUCAUAUGCCACACUGUAUGUCCACAUUGUAACCUUGCAUAGACACAUUCACAUGUGCACAAGUUUCAUGGGUGCAUGCCCGCACAUGUGUGAACACAGUGUUUGCUGAUGAGCUCUUAGAGGUGACACAAUAUGUGUCUACGGUCAAAUUUUCAACAACUGAAUAGAAAUGGGUUUAAUACUCAGAUGUGGAUCUCUGACAAAGAACUUUUGAUAAUCGCAGUAUUUCCUCAUGCAUGAGAUUACUCAGUUAAUGCUGGAGUUGGACUUAAAACCAACUCCAUUUAGGGUUAAAGACAAACUGAGAGUCUGUCCUGUUGCAUGGGCCCAUUAUUUAACGUCAUUUAAAUCUGAGAGAUAAAGCUAUAAGACCUGUACACAACAUCAAAGGUGAUCACAUCUGACAAUGUCCUGCAGUCAGAAAGCCUACACUUUGUGAUAAGUGUUUUGUUGCAUAAUAAGACGAUACAAUCUUUACGUCUUUUGCAAAGGAGCUUUUUUUUUUUUGAAAAAUGUGGCUCACAAGUCAAUAAGAAGGAGGCAGUUUUUGUUGUGACUGGAGCAAUCAGUAUGUGAGUCAGCAAACUGCAGGUCUUAUCUCUCUCCCUGAUGCGUGAACUAGAUUUGAGCUGCAAUUACUUGAAUUGUAUCAGACGAUUAGUCAUAGAGCUCCGACUUGUUAUGGCUUACAUUUUUGUUUUUGUCUUUUUAUCUGUGAUUUGUAAGACUUGGUCACAAGAAUCAGCUAUACAUACAAAGUAGGCUGAAACAUUGCAUUUGGCACUAUUUUAGAAGCAGAUAGAAUGAUGAAGAGCCUAUAUGUGCAAAGACACAAAAGUUUGGGGACAUUGAUGGUGUUAUUUUAACCACAGACUCUAAAAUCUUAUUUCUCACUUCUGUCUGAAUGAGAAAUAAAAUCUUAAAAACACUAUUGCUACAGUAGUGACUGAUGACAGUGUGACGCGUACAAAGUUGCUAACAAUACCGCUGACAGUAUCUCUGGCUGCGAUGUCUCCAGUUGUUGUUUAUGUGUCACAGAUUGUUUCAUUGUGUAUUAAACUCUUUGCAUCUUUGCACUGCAGUCUAAACAUUUUAAGGGUAUUUGGCCAAAGUAGUUGUUGUACUGCUGGUUACCGUCAUUAAGGCAGAGAAGCUGAGUUUGUGCAUUUGUUUGUCUGUGUGUCUGUCUCUGGAUGAGCUCCGGAUCUGUUCUCUCUAAGCACUUCCAUUCUAGUCAUUUCCACCUUAAAGAAAGUAGCACAAUGAAACUAACUAGAAUUCAGGUAGAGAAGAAUUAAAAACCUUGUACUAGCUUGACCUCUCUUCUUUUUUUGUAUUUCCAAGUUAAAGAAUGAUGAUAACCUAAAUAAUCAUUUAUUGCAAGAGGGUUUGUAAAGAAUCCUUUGGAUUGAUACAUUUUUACUGCUGUAUAGCGAUUAUCUGACACACCUUAUCUCAGGAGGUUUGGAUCUCUGUUGCAGAGAGACAAUCUCCUGGGGAUUUUUUUGAGCCAGUAUUCAGACAAUGUAAGCACAAUGAACACAAAGCAUUUUGUGGCACUUCAUAAUAAAGAAUAAUCUUAAUUAACCAAG